GGGCCAAAAAAACACAAUGGACUUGGCCUUGCUUUGCCGGAGAUGGCGAACGAUGCUGCAAACAUAAAGGAGCUUGAGGCAUGCCGAGAUAAGCUCCAAGCUUGCCGCGAUGGGUCUGGCAAGACGGAUGCAGCGAGUAUUGUGUCAAUCUUUCGCGCGAUGUCAAAGGUGAGCGUCAGCGUGCAGUCUCUUCGAGCCACUGGUGUUGCGAAGGAAGCCAACCAUGUUUUCUUCAGAAACAAUCCAGACAUCAAGGUGAGGGAAGCCUGCGCCAAGCUGAUUGCAUCCUGGAAGGAAAUAGGUUUGGCAAAGCGGCCAGCAACACCACCGGUUGCGGAAACUCUCCCUCCUGCGCUUGCUUCCGGAAAGGGUGAAGAGGAAGCGCCAAUGAAGCCUUCCAAGGAGAAGCGGACAGCAGAUGUGACCAAGCCGGACAAGACGGAAAAGGCGAAACGAAGCAAGAAAACAGAGGAGAAGGUUGGCGAUACACCCAACGCGGAGCUUGCUGCACAAUUUAAAGAACUGGCGAGUCACGAGUUCAAGAAGGGGGGGACGAGCAAAUUUGCAGGCAUCGCCUUCAACAAGGUGGUUGCAAUUCUGAAUGGCUUAGAACAGAAGGUAACUUCUGGAUCAUCUAUUGCGCACUUGCCCGGGAUUGGAAAGGAGACUGUGAAGAAGAUCGAUCAAUAUUUGGAGAAGGGAAUCAUAGACAAGCUCGAGAGGAUCCGCAAUGGUGAGGAAGAUUAGGUGCCAUUUCUGCCAUGAUCGUUUAGCAUUUGCAUUCCUGAUCCAACCUACACAGCAGAAGCUCUGUGGCUUACUUGUUGCAGAGCCUGAAAAGAAUUAUAGCUUGCAUCAGUCAAAGUUCUUCAUACAGUCAGUGCUGUGG